GGCGGGACGAGCCGGUUAGAGCGGCGCAUGCGCCCCCCGCCAUCUCCCCUCUUCGCAUUGCGGAGCGCGUGCGCGGCAGCGCCUCCGGUGGCGGCGGCGGCAAGAUGGCGGAGCCCGAGCAGAAGCGGCGGAUUCCGUUGGUGCCGGAGAACUUGCUGAAGAGGAGGAAGGCCUACCAGGCCAUCAAGGCCACCCAGGCCAAGCAGGCGCUGCUCAACAAGCGCAAGCUCCAGAAGGGGAAACAAAUCCAGUUUAAACGCCUUGAGACUUUUGUUCGAGAUUCAUGGCGCAAACGCCGAGAUGACGUCCGGCUGAGGCGCAUGGAGCAGCGACCUGGGCAGGUGGCUGUACCUAAGGAGCACAGACUGGCCUUUGUUGUACGGAUUACAGAGAUUAAAGGAGUGAGUUUGAGGGUAAGAAGAGUGAUUGAGUUGCUGCGGCUGAGAAAAAUUUUCAGUGGAACAUUCGUUAAACUGUCUCCAUUAUCGCUGAAGAUGCUGCGGAUCGUAGAACCUUAUGUGGCUUGGGGGUAUCCUAACCUGAAGUCUGUGCGAGAGCUCAUCCUGAAACGGGGCCAAGGAAAGGUUAACAAGAAGAGGGUACCUCUGACGAAUAAUAUGUUGAUAGAGGAACAUUUAGGCAACUUUGGUAUUAUUUGCCUGGAAGACCUUAUUCAUGAAAUCUACUCAGUUGGGAAGUAUUUCAGAAAUGUCACGGACUUCUUGUGGCCAUUCCAGCUGUCAGUGGCCCGCCAUGCUGCACAUAAUAAAGUGGGUUUCCUCAAGGAGAUGGGUAAGCCUGGCUGCAGAGGUGAAGGAAUCAACCAGCUUAUACGUCAGCUGAACUAGACAGUCUGCGAAAACACUGUGAUUUAUAACCUGCUCUUUCACAUGUAAUUUUCAUCGACCUGGGCUCUCUACAAUGAUAUACUACAUCUCUUGACUGUUGCUACCUUCACCAACAAAAUCCAGGUGACAAAAGCUGCACUCCAGGCUGGUCCUUGAGAAAGAAAUUGUAUUUGGUGCAAAAAAAAGAAAUGACUUGAACUUUCUGGAGCAAUCUGACUUUUUUAAAGUGUUGCAAUUUUUUUUACUUUGUCUUCAAUACUUUUUACUGUUGGCGCUGUACCAGUCAGCUCUUUAUUUCACCUUCGGUAUAAAGCAUGCAUUGUCAUUUCCUGAUUUGAAUUUGUUGCAAGGGAACAGCAACCAUUGGUUUGAUCCAGUCCUCCCCAAGGGAAGUGCUUGAAAUUGCACUUGCUGUUGAAGUGCACCUACUUUUGGUGUAAAUGGGCAGUGCAAUCAGCUGCUUAAGAACAUCGCUGACAGGCAGAGGAAAGCACUAGGCUUAUUCUUCUGUUACUGCAGCUAGAUUAUAUUUAUUUGUGAUUUGUCUUACUGAUUUACACAAUGCCUUCUAACUGUACUAAAGUGAGACUGCUGUGGGGAUGAAUAUUUCUUGAUAGGAAAACCCAUUAUUCACACUUUACAGCAGUAUUACAAUAAACUCUUUUGAAAUGGUA